AUGUCUCAGGAAGCAACAACACCAGAGGACCUCUCUGUUGGUAAAGAAGAAGAAUUCAAUUUAACGCCAGAAGUACAAUUACAGGAGAAAACUCUUGAAGAGAUCGUAGUGACUGAGCAAGCAACAAUACCAGAGGACCUUUCUGUUAGUCGAGAAGAAGAACUCAAUUUAACUCCUGAGGUACCAUUAAAGGAGCACAUACUGGAAGAACCUGUAGUAACUCAAGAAGCAACAAUACCAGAAGACCUUUCUGUUAGUAAAGAAGAAGAAUUCAAUAUAUCACCAGAAGUACAAUCACAGGAGCAAACUGUGGAAGAACUCGUAGUGACCCACGAAGCAACGAUACCAGAGGACCUUUCUGUUAGUCGAGAAGAAUUAAAUUUAUCUCCUGAGGUACCAAUAAAGGAGCAAAUAGUAGAAGAACCUGUAGUGUCUCAAGAAGCAACAAUACUAGAGGGAAUUUCUGUUACUAGAGAAGAAGAAUUCAAUUCAACUCAGAAUGUAUUGCCAGAGGAGCAGCUCUACGAAGGAGAACCUCCUGUAACUCAAGAAGUAACACUUUGUACGGAAGAACAUGUAGUGGCCAAGGAGGAACAAUUAUUAGAGAAUAUUUCUGAUAGUAAGGAAGAAGAAUUCAAUUUAACUCGGGAAGUACAAUCAGAAAAGCUGCUUCAUUUUGAAGAACAUGUACUAAGUCAGGAAGUAACAGCAUCAGAACCUGUUUUUAGUAAUGAACAAUUUGAAGUAGUUUCGGAGGCAGAGUCAGAAGAGCACGAACCUGCAGUAAUUGAAGAAACAACAAUGUUGGAGCAAUCUAUUGUUAGUACGGAACUAGACGUGCAGAUCCAUUCAGAAGAGCAACUUCAGGCAGAAGAAUGUAUCACAACUACGGAAACAACAUUAACACCAUGUAUUACUAAUGAAGACUGUCGUUUACCUUUGGAGAGAAAGCUGGAAGAGCAACCUCAAGAAGAAGAACCUAGAGUAACACAAGAGGAAACAAUAUCAGAAAAACCUCUUUCUAUUAACGAAGAAAUUAGAUUAAAUGAACAAGAAUCAAUGAAAGAUGUGCUCGUAAUUCAUGAUGCACAACAAGAGGAACCUGUAGUUAGUAGUGAAGAACUGACUUUAUCACAAAAUAUACAAUUGGAGAAGGAAUCUUCAGAAGAAGUAUCAGUAGACAUUGAUGAUAAAUUAGUAGAGGAAGAUUCUGAACACGACAUGGAAGGAAUAAAUCCAUCUCCCCAGCAAUCUGAGUGUCUUAUUAAAGAACAAUCUCCAGAAGUUCUGGAAACCUCGAUAGUUGAACAACCUGUUGAUUCUAAUGAACAAGCAUUAGACCUUACCCAAGACGUACACUCAGAAAAUCAAGUAUGCUUUACUUUUGAUGAAGAAGAAUCAAUUGCCGAAACAUGCGCGCCUAAACAGGAAAGUUCAAUGGUUAAUGAAGCACAAUCACAGGUUCUCGUAGCUGAACAAGAAUCUGCAGUAAUUCAACCAAAGGAAAACCUUGAGACUGCAUUUGUUACCGAAGUAGAUGCAAAUGAGAGUCUUCAAUCUAUAGAGGAACCGCCGUUGAUUGAAGAGGUAGUAGAGGAAAUAUGUAUUAGUCCUGAAGAAAAAUUAACAGUCAUCCAUAAAAACAAAUCGAUUGAGGAACAUGAACACACAAAACCGAAUACAGAAACACAAUCAACAAACUCAGAACGACAUUCUACCGACACAGCGGCAACCACAGUUAUUAAGAAAUUAAAAUCAAGAUUUUAUGAAAUUACAGCAUUAAAUGUUCAUCAGAAGACUCGACCUAACCAAUCUGGAUCUGAAGGUAAUAAUGAAGCACAGCUGAGUGUAAUUCAAAAAGCAUCAGGAGUGGUCGCUGAUAAAAAAUUAGAUGUUAUCCAGGAAACACAAGCAAACAAAGAACCGACUGUUAUACAGGAACUUAAAUUAAUACAGGAACCACAGUUGGGUAAAGUUGAAGAGUGCAUACACCAUGAAGAUAGUCAGAGUUCGGUACUAAGUGAGCCAGCACCUAGAAGUUCAACUCUCUCUGAUGAGAAAGAUAACCAGUAUAGAACCAAAUUAUCGGCAAUGGAAGAUUGUCUGGAAAAACCCAUUGCCAAUCAAGAAUUUGGAGUAACUUCUGAACGAGAAAUUGCGUUUCAUGAGGCACCGAAGCAUUCAAACACCGCUGGCGACAGUGCAGAUUUAACGGCUAAAAAAAUAAGUGAUUCCUCUAUUAAGGACCCAGAGGAGCCCGCUAAAAAACUACCAGAUUCAAUAUUUAAAAUACCGGCAAGUUGUGUGAGCAAAUCCGAGGUCCGUUACAAAAAGAAUACUUUUGAACACAGAUUAGAACCAAAAAAAUAUAUUAAUUUUACCGACCUAGACGAAGAAGAUGUAUCAUUAAACGAUUUGGUUACUGAUAUUGUUCAUAAAUUAAAUCAAGACGAUAGUGAUAAAAAUCAAGAGGAUUUAGAUAUUGAACUAGAGGAAGAAAUUAUUGAUAUUUCUGUAAAAUCCAGAAGCCCUAAAGUUGGUCUGAGUAAAGCUAUACAAAGUGAUAUGCUUUCUUUUGAAGAUGAUGCUUGUCGAAUUAAAAACUUCACUGAACCGUCAUACAGCGAAAAUAUAACUGGUUUGGAGAAGAGUGGAGAAAAUUCCCAAAGCCCUAUUGAAAAUAAAUCCGAUAAGACUCAAAAAGUAGAGGAAUACCCCAAAGAACUUGAAAUUCACUGUGCCAAUUCAAACGACUCAUUUAAGUUCUGCAUACAAACCAAUCUUUCAAAUUUAUCGAGAAGCGAAGAAAUUUCAGCUAUAGCAUUAGCAACGAUGUCUGAACUAAAGUGUGAUCCAGAACCAGUUACUAUCAAUAAUAAUGUACCCGCAGAUGAUUUACCAAAACCAGAUAUGUUUCCUGAAAAAUUAUCUGAGACAGAAAUGGUUGCCAUAGAAGGAAAUUUGACAGUUAUGUCUGAAAAAGAUUUAGGAGAUGCGCAGGUAGAAAUUACGUCAGAAAAAGUUAUAAGUCCUAAAAAGCCGAUUACCCUGUCAAAUUUCUCGAUGGAUUUUUCAGAAUCGACCAGUGAGAAUGACAAAAGUCUGGAUACACAUUCUAAAGGUACCGAAUUUACUUCCAGAGCAAUAACAAAAGAACUCAAACCAAGAGCUAAUGUUAAAAAAAUAAAUGCAUAUAAUCAAGGUGAGUUACUUGAUAUAUUAGAAGGAAAUGAUCCAAGCAAAAAAGCACCAGAAUUUCAAACCCAGCCUAAAAUUGUCGACGAUGUCGAAUGUGAUUUCGACGAGAUUAUUUCCAAAAAUUUAAUUUCAAAAGAUUAUCUAAAAUCUUUCGACGAAGAUAAAAGUGCUCCUAGUAGUUCCAAGUUGUUUGAUAGACUUUCAGAAGUAAAAGGCGAAUCUACUAGACAAGAAACAAUUGCUGAAACUCUACCAAAACAAAAAUCAAAGUCCAAGCCGGUUAUUUUGUCUGAAAAAAUUAUUAAACCAGCUCCCGAAGCCAAAAAAGUCGUACCGUCUUCCGAUAGUACCGUCAAUGAGAAUGAAGAUUUAAAGACAUUUGUGAUACCUAAUAUUAAAAAGCACAUCGAGGAGGAAGAUCCACCUCCGGCCCCCAAACCUAAUAGAAAAUCCAGAGCUAAACCUUCUUGCAAGGCGAAGAUUUUACAACAAACCAUUAUAACACCAUCUGGAGAAGUACUCCAACCGACUGUUUGUUUACCAAAGAAGAAAACCAUUCUCAUCAGUCCUGCCGCCUCCCCAGUUGCUACAAGAGUUUCAGUGGAGGCUGGACCAUCACCAACAGUCAGUAAAACACAGAUCAUUACAGCUGGUGCAAGGCCAACCAUCAGCACAACUCCAACAAGUCAAGAUGAUAACGUUUUUGACAUCUUCAAUAUGCCGAUAGUAUUGUCAGACCAAAUAUUAACUCCGGAGAGUAUAGAAAGCAUGCCGAUUGUAAUUGAUAAUAAUGCAUCAGCUAAUGCACGUACGCAAUCUAGUACAAUACAAUCUAGUACAUUGACACCUACAACGAAAUUAACGCUCCCUAAAUCUACUACUGGAUAUACCCGCACCAUCAUCCCCACGAAGACAGUAACCCAACCCCAAAAAAUUAUAGCUAAGCCCAAGAUAUUACAAUCUGCGACUGUGAAACAGCCGGUAUCACAAGGAAAGGUUCUUCCGGCCGGUGUUUUACCUCGCGGUGCAAAGCCCGGAACUUACUUUUUCCUUAGCCAGGGUGCGCCUGGUUCACCGCAGCAAAAGUUGAUUGCAAAGAAGACAAUAGUGAAAAGAACUGUUCCGAUUGCCAACAUUGCUUCUAAGUUUCCAGAAGGAACUGGAAAUAAAGUUAUGAUCGUUACGGAUCAACAGGGACAACAACAAAGAGUAUUAUUCAACCCAAAUAACCAACGACUGUUAAGCUACUCAACCUUACAAGGAUCAAAGAUUGUGAAGAAUGUGCUAAAGAGUAAUUUAAUACAGAAGAAUAUUUCAUCUGUAAUCAAAAAUGAAGUAGGUCCGUCAAAGUCGCCGACUCACAUUGUCCAAAAGGUUUUACCUACAAGUAAUCAAAUGAUGUCCGUACCUUCAACGUCCCGCACUGUUAAAACUGUUGUAAGAAAAGUUUCCCCAUCAACAUCUAAACUGCCAACUACUGUCAAAAACUCUAAAACUAUAUUAUUAACUGGGAAAAAUGGACAGACAAUAAAAAAGAUUGCCGUUGCCGAAGAUGAUAUUGAUAAACAGGUAGCUGAGCAACUGGAAGCAAUCAAAGCCAGUAGUGGUCUUCAAUUUGGCUCUCAAACUAGACCAGAUGUACCAAGUACAUCAAAACAACCAAUUCAAAAACCUCAAAUACGAAGGUCUUACGCCAAGAAAGAUUUCAAACCCAAACCUCCAGUGGUCACUACUAUAAGUGAGACACCGCCAUGUGCCCCACCUCCCCUUACGGUUUCAAAGAAACAGACUGUUCCGGCUCCAGAACCGAAAAAAGUUGUACAGGUUCAAGAAGAGCCUCCAGUCCAAGUGGAACGUCCUUUGCAGCAGAUGAUCCUCGAACAACCGGACGGCACUAUACGAACCAUCACCGAGGGAGAGAUAAUUGGUUUUCCAAGUGAAAAUAUCAGUGGUGAAACGAACAGCUAUGUUUUCAUGACUUUGGACUCUACUGGUAAUUUAACACCUGUGAGCAAUGAGGUUCUUAGGAAGUUAAAUCCCAAUCUAGCUGUAGAUGGAGAUCUGAAUAACUAUGUAUUACAAAUAGGAUCUGCAGACAACGGAGAAGGCAACCAAUUAGCAGCACUGGGUCAGCCUGCUGCUGUAAAAAGUUCUAAUCCAAUUGAACAAUUAUCAACCGGUGCUCCCAAAGUGGACAAUGGAAAGACCGAGCUUCCUUUGACCCUUCCCAUGACUAUUGAACAACAACUUCCGAUAACGAUUGAACCACAGCGACCACUGUCGCAAUCAUUACAUGUACCAUUACCAGAAACACCCGUCAUCAAUAUGGAGGUUGCUAGCUCAAACGGCGAUCAACCGCAACAUAUACUUGUAUCAGGCGACAGCUUAGCUGCCCAAAAGUUUUUAGAAUCUCUUAGCGGUACUACCGAUUUAGCCACUUUAAUAGCAAAUGCCGAUGGUAAGAGCAUUCUAAUACAAACCGAUAAUCAGCAGAUUCUGAUUAAUACAAGUACAGAUCAUCAGAUGUUGUCAAAUGUACCGGAAAAUACAGAAAGUGGAAGAAAUCCAAUUUUUGCAACGCAUUCCAAUAAAACGGACAUAUUAGCCGCAGCUUUGGCAGAUACAGAUGUUUUUUCAACACAGCCAAGCAGAGGUGCACAACUAAGUCCUAACCAUGCCCUCUAUCCAAUAAACGUGAGUAAUGUUUUGGAAACAAGUCUUACUUAAGUUCACCUAUAAUGACACCUUUAGAAGUACCAAGUACAAAUAACAAAAAGAUUUCUGACGAAGAAGCUGAUAUUUUGACUCAAGUACCGAAAAACGUGGAUCUUCCGAUUACGAUAACAGAUCCGAAUAUUUCUCAAACAGUGGCGAAUCAACAGGCAGCAUUAAUGGGUAAUGAAUUUCAGUCCAAUUUGGAACUGGGUUUAGCCAUAGCAGAAACAACAAUUUCGUCGGUAACUACUGGAUUAACUAGUCCCAGCUACAGUUUUUCUUUGCCAUCUUUAGACGAAAAUGACAUUUCUCACAAACCUUUUAACAGUAGCAUGCCUUUACUGAAUGAUGACGCAGAAGACACGAAUCUCCCUCAUAAAAAGUCAAACAAACACGUGGACAAAAGUAAUCUUAACUCGGAGGAUUAUUUGGAACAAAGUCGAUACACCCUUGGAGGCACAAUGUGCGAUUCUUUAAGUGAACCACCACCAGAAAUGUUCGAAAUGCCAGAAGUCAACUCAUACAACGAGAGAAACGGCAACAACAUUCCUCUAUAUCUUCAGAACACGCCUGAAUCCAAAGACGACGAUGGGAAUAGAUGCGUCGAUUCAAGCAGAAAGUUCUAGCGAAGGCUCGUGCGAGAUUCCUUUGCAGCCGAAAAUUGUUGCCAAGUCUGUAGAUUUGUCGGAAGAGUCCGAUUUGUAA